AUACUCGGAAAAAAUAAUUUUUCCAUAACAAUAUUUAUAUACAUAGUCAAAAUUUCAGAAAUGAAUGAAUGGUUUAGGUGGAUUGAUGAAGCUAUUGCUAAAAAGCAUAUUAAACAUUAUGAAUAUAAAUAUUUUAAAAAUAUUCAAGAAAUUGGUAUCGGUGGUUUUGGAAAAGUUUAUCGUGCAAAAUGGAAAAAUUCACCUAAAUAUUUUGCAUUGAAAUCUCUUCUUAAUAUUGAUGAAGGAGCAAUUAAGGAACUUGUUAAUGAGAUUGAACUUCAACGUGAAGUUAUUUUUCAUGAUAAUAUUAUUAGUUUUUAUGGGAUUACUAGUAUUUCAGAUCAAGAAAAUCAAAAUGACAACGUUAAGAAAUAUCUUUUAGUGAUGGAGUACGCUGACGGUGGUUCUCUUUGCAAUUAUUUAAAAGAAAAUUUUGAGAAACUUAUAUGGGAAGAUAAACUUAAAUUUGCUUACCAGUUGGCUAGUGCCGUAUCAUGCUUGCAUGAUGAAGACAUAAUACAUCGUGA